AUGAUGGGGCUACCUUGCUCAAGGCAACAGGCCAAACGGUGGGCUCUGGAGCUGAGCUUGGUGCUAGCAGGGGCGUUAAUUUGGCACUUUGCACGCAUCUACCCUUGGCAUCGCCUUUACCUUCCUCAAGCGUCGAUUUCAAGGUAUUCAGAGCACCUGCCUGCAUCAUCCAUCUCUCAGGAAGGACCUUGCUUUCAGCCCAUAUUCUCAGCUUCAAAAACACAGAGCCAUAUUGUGGCUGGUCCCGUAGGGUCGCCACAAGAGGCAGCGUUGGACAAUAAUCAAUGCUAUCACUAUUCUUCACGAUUCGAGCCUUACCUCGCGCAGGCGUGGGGGAAUGACUACAUCCCCAAAGCGCAAGAGAGACUAGGUGUGCGAGAUAAGGCGAGCAUCACAGGCGAUGUCAUUUGGUACGCAAACUUACUGGCGGAACAUGAUCCGCAGUUGUUCCCACAUGUCGAAUGGUCAAACCUCUCCUACCCCUCGUCCUGUCCUACACCCUCGCCAACUGCACGAUCAACAAGAGCAACGACAAAGAAGCACAGAGUCGCACUCGUCCUCCGCUGCUACCAAGGCUUCACCUGGACUCAGGAUGCAAUCCUUCACCUUCGUGCUCUCAUCUGGGAGUUGCGCACAUCUCCUACCCUUCCAUUCGAAGUGGACGUCCACUUGCUUCUGGAAGUCAAAGAUACAUCAAACUACGUCUCGAUGUUCACCGAGUCAGGUCGCAAGCAGAUCCUCCGAGGCAGCGUACCUAUCGAGUUCUGGUCUCUAGUCAAACUAUGGAGCGAGCAGGGAAUGAUCUUACGGUACCCACUCUACGGAGAUUUCAGGGAAGGGAUAAAGGCUGCUGGGUCUUAUCGAGGCUGUCUGCUUCCAUUUCAACGCUUCUCCAUCGAGCAUCCCGAAUACGAUAGCUUCGUCAAUUGGGAGCUCGACACUCGCUUCACCCAUACUUACGACCAUCUUUUGGAGUCGAUUUGGAACUACGCCCAUCGCACCAGUGCACAAAAUUACACUCAGUGGCCAGUUCAAGGUGCCACUCUCAGCAGGAGCGAUAAGGACACAGAGGUGUGCAAAGGAAAGAGUGCAGAUGUAGUAGUCUUCUCUCCAGUCCGCAACACAGUCGACUCGGGGUGGUAUUGGGAAUACGACGUACAAGGAUACCCUUCUUUCCAAGCCAAACCUCGCGCCGCUUCAGUAGGCACAAACCUCUGGCUGAGUAAAAGAACGCUUCAGGCGCUAGAGAAUGUUACGGCAGACCAACAUCGGUCGCUGUUCUGCGAAGCUAUGGUGCCCACCCUCGUCCUCCAAACUGACUCGCUUCCGUUAGCGGCAGGUGAGGAUGAGUGUAGGGAGCAGCUCAAGAUGGUUCACUACCCUCAUCCUAUCGCGUUCCGGUACGAGGCUUCGCCAGCAAAGCUCAACCAACUGCUCAACCCAACCAGCGCAACUUUGGCAAAGCACAGGGAAGAGGUGCUAAAGGAUACUUCUUAUUAUUACAGCUCUACCAUUGCAGGUGAGAUAUAUGGGCAGUGGAAAAGGGAUAGAGAUGCAUGUAUCGGGCCAAUGCUGCUACAUCCUGUCAAGGGUGAUGAUCGAAGGGAGAAGGUUGGUGGGCUGUGCGCUGGCAGUGCCAAUGGCGAGAAAUGCAUCGAAAUCGUUCAGGAUGAUAUCAAGCGGUAUCUCAGCAGAAGCAUUGACCCGGCAGCGCAAACGUCAUUGGCAGAAUGGGAUGUAAAAGGAGAAAGAUACAUCAGUAGACGGGGCUGGAUUAUGAAUUCAAGCAACAGAAGCUUGGUUCAGACGAUAGCGAUCAUGACAGCUGCGUAUGGCGUUUGUCGGGUUCUUGUCGGAUGCUUUUGCGGGAGAAGGCUGGAAAGGAGGCAUGACGAGUAUAUUCUAUUACCUGCAAACUAG